UAAUGGAGUGAAUUGCAAUUGAGUUGUUUAUUGCCUGUGUUUCUCUUAUAAUGCACGGAUGCCAUUAGCACUUUGGGAAGCUCCUGUACAUCAACUUUCUCAUAGUAGAAAUGUAAAAGAUUAUGAAAAAGCAAAACUGCUUACUCAAGUCCAGAUUGCCUGCCGACUGGAGUUAUUUAUUUUCGAAGUAUAGUUAAGAGAGCUGCUUUAAGCAAGUUUAAUCCUUUUGUUCUGCAUUUAAAAAUCCUAAAGUUGAAUGCUUUGAUAUGUCUGAAGUAAAUUGAAAGGUUUUAUAAUAUCAUGGCUGAAGAUAAUAUGUUACCAUCAAAAUUGGGAGUAAUGUAUGGACUCGAUGAAAAUAUUAAUCCCUUGAAAGCUACUAAUUUGCUUCCACUUUCAUCAGAAACAGAAGAUAAUCAAAAUUACUUUACUAGCUCAAAUGCCGUGUCUCUCAUUCAAAAACUGUCUGAAUUCAAAAAGCUCUCAUCAAAUAUUUCAAACAAGCAUGAUCCUGAACACUUUACUCAAUUAGAAAAAACUGUAUCUUUUCAAACAAGUUCAAAUACUAUGUCUUCCAAAACAAUAAGUUCAAAAUAUGUUAUGGGUGAUGAAAUCUCUGCCUUAUAUGAUAACAUAUAUCCGACUGCUGAUGCCUUCUCUGAAGAGGAUAUAGGUAAGGAACAGCAUACACAAGCAUCCAGUGUGUACAGGAAAACAGAAGUAUUCCAUGAUUCAUUGCCCAAGCAAAGUUUCAUUAAGAAAGAAGAAUUAAAACAUACUUCAACUACUGAAAGUAUAAGUGAAAAUCACAGUGAGGCAGGUCCUGAUGUAGCCGAAUUUUCAGAAGAAGAACUUAGAUCUGUAGCUGAGCUUUUCAAGGAACCUUCUGCCUUUGACUUUUUUCAAAAAGCAUCGAAUUCUAAAUUACUGAGAGAGUCGCCUUUGGGACGUUUAUCGCUGUUUGUGAAACUUGAUUCUACUAAGGGUGGAUUUGAAGGGAGCCAAGAGAAAAGUGCUCAAGAUUCUGGUUUAGACAUAAGUGGUGACAGCAACUCUCUAAAUGCUGCUUGUGGUAAUGACAGGGAGUAUGAGACAUUUCAGUCAAGCUUAGUCAUGACUACUGAUUCUGCAACUGCUGUAUCUGAUGAUCCUGUUCUUACAGAUAUAAACUCAAAGUCCAUGAAAAAAAUGGAUAAAACAAGUUCUAGUCAUCAGCAAGGUUCACAUUGUGUUCAGGAACACAAAUUAUUUACAGAAGAAGAAUUCAGUCAAGCUUUAAAGAUGCAAGAGCUCCUAUUUCAUGAAAAGCAACUAAAGAGAGAUAGAGAACGUUGUGACCAAAUGAAACUUUUAGAGAGAGAUAAGCAGAUUUUGAAGAACCAGCUUGUAGCUCUUAGUAAAGGUUAUAGAGCAUCAAGGGUUGUUUUGGAAGAACUGCUAAAUAUUUUCACAUUAUGGUUGAGUGCUAAAGAACAAGAGCGUGUUGAAAUGACUAGCAAUAAUCAGAAAGUGAUGAAAGAACGGGAUCAGGCUCUGGAAGAUCUGCAAAAUGUUGAAUCAGCUUUUGCUGACUUACACAGGCGAUAUGAGAAUUGCAAGUCUGUUUUAGAGGGAUAUAAACAGAAUGAAGAAAAAAUGAAGCAACAAGUAGCUGAAAUGCAAGGGAAAUUGAAACAGCAAGAACAGAUGUAUGAAAUGCUGAGGGCUCGCAUUCAAGACAAAUUAGACAGUGCAAAUGCAGAGAUUGAGAGUGCUAGAAAGUCUGGUGAUGCUGAAGUAACAGUGUUAAGAGCUCAACUGAAAAAAGCUGAAAUGAAGAUAUCAAGUUUAGAAAAAGAUCUUGAACAAAAGAAUAUAGAAAAUGUGGAGCUUUCAAGCAUAUGUGAUGAUCUUAUAUGUAAAGUUGGAAAAACAUAACAUGUUGUAAAGUUUGUGCUGUUGACAGGUCUGACAUUUAACUUAUGUUGCAGAAAUAUUGAAGGGAGAUCAUCCCUAGUAUUAUUAUCACUCUGCUCUGCCUGUUUAACAGUGAGACUUUGUACAUUGUACCUACUCUAUUUUAAGUUAUAACAACUAUGCAAUCAAUGGAUGAGGUAUAAUUCAUUUGAAAUAAAUUUAUAAUUCAAAUUUGUUUAAUACUUUUGUAAUAUAUAAAUAAAAAUGUGCAUGGUGGUGUAUAAAUUUGUUUUCUGUGACUUAUUGCUUUUAUUAAAAGCUUUAAAAUAAUUAAAAGAGCAUUUUAUAAUUUUUAAUUUUGUCAGUUUUAAUUUGCAUUAUCUGCUAUUCAAACAGAAUAAACAUGUAAUUACUGUAAAAUGCUUGUUGCUUGACAAAAUUGCUGGGUGUAACAUUAUCAUCUUUGAAUGUUUCACUUUGUCUUUUUGUCUUUAGUGUAAAAGCACACUAGAAAAGUAAAUUCUUCAUACACAUAAAAUUUAUUGUUUUAUGCACAUGAAUUGAAACUUCGAGUCUUUCAUGUUAUUUUUUCUCCUGAAUCAUAAUGGAUGGUAUUUCUUCACUGUUGCUUUUGUAUAUUUAUUAUUGAAGUGAAAAUUUUUUACUUGUUAUCUGACUUCUGUCUCCUGAUUUGCUGCAGGUGAGGUCUUUAAACUAUUUCAAUGAAGUAUUGGUACUUUAUUAUUAUUGUAAUUAUGAAAAAAUAAUUUGUUAAUUAGUGCAAUUUAUACUGAAGGAAAAUGUUUUUUGCUGAUAUUUUUUGUAACAUUGUGUAUUAAUUUAUUGACAAUUUAAUAUUAAAGAAAUUAUUGUUAAACAAAUGGAAUCCCCUUUUUUCCCCUAUUUUGUGUGUUUGUCAGAAUCUAUUACAAUUCCAUUUUAAUUUAUUUGCAGUUUUUCUAAUUUUAUAUACAUUGUUAAUUUUUAUUUAUGCUAGUACUAGUAUUUUAUUCCCUAAAAUAUUAUUUCAUGAUUAAUUCUCAUAAGUCUGUGAUUAUUUUAUGUAUGGUGGUACUUAAAAAUGGUGUUUGUAACUGCAAAUAAAACUAUUUGUGGAGUUCUUAUAUUAGUUCCUCGGUUAUCUAAAAAUUGCAGAACUGUGGUAACCCUUUCUAAAAUUAGUAAGGAAUGAUGUACAUUUCCUUUUUCUGUUUUAGUUCCUUUAUUUUUUUUUUCUUGUUAAAUUGUUUGCUAAUGUUCACUAUAUGCAGUGUUAAUUUGAUUUCUGUAACUUCCAUGUACAUAUUUUCAUGUUAAAAGUCACUACGAGAAACUAAUAAAAUUAAUUUUUUUAAGCA